CAGCGCAUUUUUCAUGCUCCUCUCACUUUCUUAUUUUACCUUGUGUAAAAGUAAACAAAUCGUAAAUUGCAAUUUAUUUUGUCUUAAAUAAUUGUCCUCCAGUUAAUCACUUAUCGAGUUACCUUACCACAUAAGUCAUAUCCCGGAUAAAACGGUUAUCAUCAUGGACCCCUUAUUGGUCCACCAAUUUAACCAACUCUCCCAAAAACUCAACCUUCUCAAUGAAUAUAUCGAGCUCAAAUUUGGUUCAGAUUUUAAGGAAUUCCGAACCUUCAAAGCUUCUCGCCCCAACGUGGGCAUGAUCCUCGUCCCGAACGAUGGAUCCCACCGUUAUCACCGUGACAACGUCGACAUUUGUGGCGUCGGAAGUAAUGAGGAACAAGAAGAUGUAAAAAAUCAAAGAGAACAAGGCCACGACGAAGACAACGAAGUCGAAAUUGGCGACCAAGGCGUCUCCAUAGACUGGGGGCCGGAAUCACCCCCCGUCGUCACAAAUGUGUACGAGCUGGAGCCAGAAGACGUCAACGUCCCAGCAUUCGAUGACGACGACUAUUCUAACGACAACGACCAAGACGAUUGCGACGAAGACGAAAACAUCCCUGCCUCCUUUUACCAAUCGUACAACGGUAGUUUUCAGUAUGACAACGGUAACGACGACGAGGGGGAAGGGGACGACUCUUCAGCCAUGCAAGAACAUGACGACGAAAGCAUCGGAUUUUUUAGCAAUUCAAUUUCCCCUCAAGAUGACGAUAAUCACGACAGUUUUGGAAUAAGUCCGAUCCCCACCCCGAAAAAUCCCACGAUUAGACGGAGGAGGAAAAAACUACCCGUAAAUCCCAAGUAUCCGAACCCCAAAGUUAAAAAGCGGGUUAUAAAUGAAACCAUUAUGAAAAAGAUUAAGAACGUGAUUAAUCCCUUCCGCGUGCCAAAUGAGGCUACAGAUUCGAAAGAACCCCUCCGCCACGCCUCGUGGGGGAUCACGUAUAUCGGCGCGGAUCGAAAAAACGGUGCGGAUCGUCUCGUCUACGACAAUUAUAUUUUUCGCCCCAACAAGUUCGUCCGCCCGAGUGGGAGGACGUACUGGGUCUGCGCUGAGAAGACGUGUCCUGUCCGAGUUGCGCAGGAUUUCACGGGCAGACCGACCUUCAGCAAUUACCACACCCAUGAACCCCCCUCCCUCGAAGAGCGAUUUUCUAAAGAAUGAACGACUAAAUAUCGAUAUUAUGAUGUUCCGAACUUAAGUUAUUUGUGUAUAAUUUGUUUCUUACUAAUGAGAAUUUGUAAUUGUUAAUUAAUGUGACCUUCCAUGGAUAGGAUGAUGGAUCGUUUUCUGACUUAUCUAUUAUCUCACUUAUUAUUAUGAUAACGUAAUUAUCAAAGUUUUAAUGUAGCCACCCUAUUUUGAUCAUCAUGACUCUUAAUUUCUCUAAAAUUUUUAGGUUUAGCUUUUUAGUUUUAUUUCUAAUCAGAUUUAGUUUUAAUAUAGGUGAUCGAUCAUUCACCCAAAAAAUAUUACGUGUAAAAUAGUUGUAAAUUAGCUAAAUGAAAUUAAAUAAAGCUUCAUCCUGAAAUCCUUACUCCGUA